GGAUUCUGUCAAUUGAAUUUGAAAUUUUAGUAGGUAAGGAUGUGAGAAUUACAAAUGGUUUCGUUGAUCUACUAAUGUAAAGGGAAUAUUUUAAACCUUACUAGUGAUUCAUCGAUGUUAGUGCAGGAUUGUCAUUGUCGACAGCAUGAAUUUGUGGCUGGCCCUACAGAUCGUUAUACUUUUCUUCAUAACUGAGUCAAAAGCAAGGAAUCAUCGAAAGAAAUACUGGAAAUAUGCGUUAUCAAGUCAGGGUGACAUGAACCCGAAUACGUAUGACUUCCGGCAACCAUAUUUUCUACAAGGAGGGAAAUUAUUAGACCAGGAUGCUUCCGCCGGCGACAUCGUAAACCACGGAGCUAACCAAUUCAAAAGGACCUAUGAUGCACAAGUACACGCAGCCUGUGAGGACGUUAUCACUUGGACUAAACCUCUGGUAGGUCGCAAUCAGUCGGAUUAUAUCCGCAUUUUGAAGGAGAAUACGACGAUCAUGAGCCGAACUUGUGUCGACAGUACAGCGCCUUGCAACGGUUAUACUCCUUGUAGACCACUUAGGCCUAUGUAUCCAUGGGAACGGAGGGUGGAAUCACGCUGUCAGCAAUUGUAUGGAUAUGUACUAGUCCCGGUCGUAAAGUCAGCCACCAGAAACGGCAUCCAGUACGAUUACGACUACAUAAAGUAUAACAUGGCAUGUAGUUGCGCCAUACUAUAGGAUAUUGUUAACACCUUGUUCCCACUGUCACAAUUCGCGUUACCAAUGUAAUAUGGGUGUUAAUCGUGGAAUAACCGUAGAAAUCGUAUCAGAUCGUAUGUCAGAUCAGUCGUGGCAAUCGUAUUGAUCGUAUAAAUUUUUUGAAAGGUUCAAGUUUUUCAAGAUCUGCUACGACAAGCCAAUAGUGGCGUUCGUUACGGAUCGCAUGGCAAUGAGAACGGGGUAUUACAUGUGACUUUGCCUGAGCAUGUCAAGAUAUACAUUUGGUCUUUAAAAUGGUCUGUUAAAUGCAAUAUAUAUACAUAUAUAUAUCUAUAUGUGUAUGGGUGUGUGUGUGUGUGUAUAUUUCAACGUUUGAGAAACUUUUUUCGGAUGCAUAAUAGCUCCAGUGUAGCACUUUUUUCCUUCUGCAUGUACAUAUUGUGGUAUAUCAAACACUCUAAAAAACGAAUAGCUAAUUAAAAAGCGUGUAUAGUGACUGCACUUCGGAGUGCUGAUUUGUCUAGCUCAAAUUUGAACGCGGAAAAUCAACACAAUGAAGUGCAGUCACUAUACACGGUCUUUAAAAGCUAAACUAGCUCUUCGUAGCUCUUCGUUUUUUAGAGUGUGUAUUUUGAUUAUCUGAAGGUUUGAACGUAAAAAUAUACACAAGUUAUAAAACGCAGUAAACACAAAAUAAUAUUUGCAAAAUAAAAGGCAAUAUAAUUUCGGUGGCAGUUCAAUUAUGCUAAUUAUAUUUGCCUCUUUACAUCCUCUCUUUCAAAAAUGUAGUGAUCGUUAUAUCAAUUAUUUUCUUUUAUUCUUAAAGGGGAAUCCAGCCUUGGUCAUAAAUGUUGUGUUCGAAAGAAGGAAAAUAAAUAAAACAGAAUGGUAAGAGUUAGUAAGAAAUCGGACAAGCAAUAAGAAAGUUGUGGCUGCUUUGAAAUUGAAUGAGAUCUCUGAGACUAUGCAAAUUUCAAAUUGGCAACUGGGUAAGUACAUUGUGGUAAGAAGUAAGGAUAACUUUAUCAUAAUCCAUGUACUUAGUUGUCAAGGAUUUGUGGUUUUAUCCUAUUAAAAAGUAAUCAUUCCCCUGGGGCAGUAAUAUAACACAGGUAGUAUAUUGCUUUAUGUCAUCAUGAAAGAAAAAUAUAAUUUAUAGUAAAUCUUUUUAAAAAGAUGACAUUUUAGCCAUUUUAUGCAUUGGAGUACAUGAAAGAGUAGUCAUUGCCAUACAUCACUAUGACAUCACAUAUGCGGCCAAUUUGAAGUCUCCAUUGGUAUAGUGAUUACCAAUUAAAGAUUAUAACUUUCUAAUUGUUUGUCCAAUAUUGUUCAAACUUUCAUUUAUCAACUUGUCUGUAUUUUCUUUUUCCUCUAGUUUUUAUUUGGGUAGGAUUCCCCUUUAAAAAUAGAGUGAUUUUUUUUUUACUCAUAGAAAUCGCAAGGAAAAACUUUUAUUGUUCUUAAUGAAAGUUCUCGAAUUCCUAUAAACAUGUAGUAAUUGAAUGUUAGAAGACCUGAAAUUUAAGCCCUAUACAAUACAUAAAAAAGAUAUUAUAUGUAUUAUGUACAUGUAAUUUAGAUAGAUUAAAUGUACAUUCUACCCAUUUUGUCGAUCAGAUUAAUGGCAUGAUGUACGAUGGUAUAUACUUAAAAAUUAGUGAACCCCACUAGAAAAAGGAAUAUAUUUAUAAUAAAAUUGUUCAAGUUCUACCAAGUUUUAGGUAUUUAAUUGCGAAGUCAAUUGGUUAAAUAUUACUUUCAAUAGAGUUUGUUUCUCUGGCCUCGUCGAUCAUUGUAGGGCCAAUGUCACCAUUCCACACCAGCAUGGAGGCGUGUAUUUGUGGUGGGGUUUACUACCUUUUGGGCACAACUGGUACAUGAUUGAAAAUGCAGAGGGUUACUUUGUUUUUCGUGUACCGCUUAAUGGUAAUCAUCCAUCCUUUUCAUUAUAAUUUUUGAGAUGAAAGAGACAAAAAAAAAGAGCGGGUUUCCCAUUUAGAGAUGCAUGUAAUUAUAACUUCAUUCAGAUGAAAUGACGUCAGUGGCCCUAAUAGCCACUCUUGAGGCUCGUAGAUAAGAGACAGAAUCAAAUAUUCUACUUCUAAAAUAAUGAAACUUGCAUGGAUCCCGCGGAAUUUGUAUUUUGUAGCUUAUAAGGUUUCGAGUAGGGUAUAUUUUAUCAUUUUUAUAAUUAUUUAGUUCCAGUAAAAUUAGGUUUCGAGUAGGGUAUAUUUUAUAAUUUUUCAUAAUUAUUUAGUUCCAGUAAGAUCAUUAAGUAUGCUUUAUGAACUUGAUAAAGUUUUUUCAACUCUAAAGACCUCUUGCGUUUAGAUUUUUGUCCAUACUUAAGAGAUACAAUUGCCGAUAUUGCUCUUCAUAUAAUUGAUAAAUUUUGUUUCUCAUUUCGGUGUCGGAAAUGGUGACAUUUUAAUGGUCCUCUGUGUGUCUGGCUAGAGCUCUUGAUGCUAUCACUUAAGUAUUCAAUGUAUUGAUAAAUAAAAAAAAGGAUAGCAAGGAAAUUAAUAUCGUUAGCAAAGUGAAUGGGACAAAGUAUUACCUAUGGCGGGAUCAUGAUGUACGUCACUUUCAAGAGCGAAUGUAAAAGGUGGAGGUGAUCUUAAAUGUGCCUG